GUCACAGUCAUUUUGAAGCACUGUAAUAGAAAACGACUUUACUGUUUUACUUGCUGUGUGAUCGUAUUUUUGGGCAAGGUUUUACUCGAAAAACCAAUUGAAACUCACAGAUGGCAGACAAGGCAGUAUCAACCAUAGCGAAGCCACAGAUGCGCGGGCUUCUCAACAAUGUCAUCAAACGCAAUCUGAUUACGGCAAUAACAUUGGCCGCUGUGGCUGGCUUCAGUUUCAAGCAGCUCGUCGGAAACGAACGCAAGAGGCGGUAUGCUGAAUUCUACAGGACAUAUGAUGCGGAGAAGGAAUUCGAAGAGAUGCGCCAAAAAGGUCUGUUCCAAUCCUGCUAAUUUAUUGAACAACUCUGCUGUAGUAUUAAUAAUUGCUGUUAAUAAUGUAAUUUAAAAAAUAAAAAUCAAUUACUGA